AGUAAUCACUCAUUUUGUGGAAUAAGUUUCAAUAAUCUCAAUAUUCAGUCAAAUAUUACCACACAAACAAGACUAGGGAGAAGAUUUCCCAUUUAUAUCCGCACUCUUGAUUGCAGUUUUGGCUGCUCUUCUUGCAACGCUAAACAAUAUGUUCAUCAAAUUCAGAGGCACUCAUACUUCCAUAUUUUACUCCAAUGCCUUUCCCUCUUACUGUUUUACAUCUCAAUGUAGACUCUACUCAUCAUCAACCUCUUCCCAUUCCUUGGUUAACUAUCUUGUUGAUUCUCUCGGUUUCUCCAAACAAGAAGCAACCACUGCUUCCUCCAAGAAGACUCAGAGGAUUAAAGAUUUGUUGCAUAGAGUGGAGAAUGAUUUUCGAGUUCCGCGUGACUCCUCUAUGUUUCAUCAUGCAUUUCAGGUGUUAUCCGCGCAAACGAAGUACAAGUUGGAUAGAAAGAUUGAAAUUUUCAAGAGUUUUGGAUGGUCUGAUGAUGAUGUACUCGAGAUGUUCCGCAAGUUGCCUCAUUGUAUUGGUAUCUCGGAAGUUAGAAUUCAGGAAAAACUGAAUCUUUUCAUGAAGGAGCUUGGUUUUGUACCUGCUUUCUUGGCUUCUCAUCCUGCUAUUUUGGCCUACAGUCUGGAAAAACGAGUAAUACCUCGAAUGCAAGUCUUGAAAAGUUUGGACGAAAGGAAGCUUGAGAGGAGAAUGUGGAGUUUUUAUACUGUUCUAGUGUUAGCAGAAACAAAGUUCAUGGAGUAUUUUGUGUUGCCCUACAAGGAUCAGAUACCUGAUUUAUAUGAACCACUCAAGAUAAAUGUGGCUCCUUAGUAGAUUUUGUUUACUUUUUGAUACGGGCACGAUCAUGAAGAUGGACGUUUUUAGUGUGUUGAAUGCAAACUACGGAGUGAACGAGUUGAAGUGUGAAAAGGGCUCCAAAGCCGCCCCUAUUUUUGCACUCCAUGGGCGCCAUUUUGUCAUUUAACACUAAGGGGUACUUUUGUCAUUUAUCUAUUAAUUGUAAUAAGUCUAUGAAUAGAACAUGAUAGGGUUUUAGUUCAUUAGUUAUUGAAUAUUGUUGAAAGAACACAUCUCUUGAGAGAGUGGGUCUCUAGGCCAAAACUAGGACAUGAACAAGUGUGGAUUCACUUCUGAUUGUGUAUUGCUUGGAAACAUUGGUACUUGAGCGGUGGAAUCCCUCUUGUGUCUCGUAAGAGUGUGGUGUUGCUAUUGUAAGUCUUGGGGGUCCUUAGAUUUAAUACAUCUUUGGGUUCUUAACCUUGUAAUAGUGUAUGUCUCACUUCCUAUCUUUACAUAUCAUGUACUAGUUUGUGUUGUUCUAGUGAAACCGUUGGUUGUUCUUGUUAUUG